GACAACAGAAGCACGGCCACUCCCCUUUCCUGAGCUCCAAGGGGCUGAAAUUUAGGGGAAGCCCAAGCUUUAAAAGUUUCAUUUCAUUUGCAAAGAACCUGGAGUCAACACCUUGCCUGUCUCUCACCAGCAAACACACAGCAGCUGGACACACCAGCCCAUUAGGCACGGAUAUCAUCGACCUGUGAGGAUCACAGCAUCUAGUUUCCUUUUAGCCACUGUACUGUACGUGGAUGAGGAUGACAGCCUCGAAGUCUUCUCAGACUACCCGCAAUAUCGUGAUCGCCAUCCUCGCCAUCUGGUCCAUCAUCUCUAUUAUCAUCAUUGUGGUGUGGGCAACCUCGGCGGACAUGAAAAGUGCCAGCCAGUGUCGUGCGGAGAUGCAGGAACUCAGAGAGAAGCACGAAGGGUCUAAAGUUGUGUGGACCAAAGACAGAAGGGCUCUUGAAGACCUGGUAAGGCAGGGAUGGAAAAAUCAGAGUGUCUUACAGAGGCAAAUCGACCAGCAAAAGGAGCAGUUGCGAUUUCUCAACCUGUCCCUCGAGGCCAGCCAGCAAGAAAAUAUAAUUCUGUACGGUAACAUCACGGUUUUGAAGGGCAAGAUUGAAGAAUACAAAGUCACGGUGGGAAACCUCAGCGCUGAAAUCAGCCUGCAAAAAGACCAGAUUGAAGGCCUUGAGCAUAACCUGACCCUGAAGGCCCAAGAAUUGGACUCGUGCGGGGCUUUACACAUCGCUGCCGUACAGCUCCAAAACGCUGCGGAGAAACAGCACAAGGCCUGUGAGACGUCCAAGCAGUUUUUACAGAAGCAACUGACAAAGUGCAAAAAUACAGAUAUCCAUGAGGAGGAUACAGCUCCAUAUCACUUUGCAAUCAAUGAAGACAAUGGAGCCCAGAGUAUCACUACAAGUAGCGUUACAUUGGCAAUGAUCCUUUGCUUAAGUCUGCUUCUGGUACCAUAGAUGAGAGGAAGACUGGAUGAUGGAGUAUCUGGGUACACGUUUCAGUGCAACACUGUUCUGAGGAUGCCGCCAGGUGCACUUGUAACCCUGGACUUGAAGCACAUUUUAUUCUACAUUUGCAAUAAAGAGCACUGAAGUCAAUUCGAUUAGUAUAUUCAGUGUCAGUCAAGUUAGUUUCAUCGCAAAGGGUUUUUGCUGACAUUCAAAAAAUGUAAGCUGGGUGAGAUCGGAACGCUAGAUUCACUUCAUACAACUAUAUGCUGUACUUCAUUGGUGUUCACUUUUUUAAAUCUUUGUUUUUUUCUUUAUGAAAAUAUAUUGAAGUUUAACUUCUAGACGUUUGAGAUUUGACAGACCUAUUUAUUGGAAUAACCAGGAUAAAAUAGCAAAAAGAUAUUAAUGUUAAUUAAUUUGUUUUACCACUGUUAAAAAAAUUCUUUAAAGCUAUUUUUAGAUAAAGUUACAACUAUAACUAUUAAAGAUAAUAUACUUCUAAUAAAUUGUUCCAUCUUUUCAAGUUUACAGUAGUAACAAUAACAGAUUUAUUUUAUAAAAACUGUACUAUUUCUCACUGUGGUAAUUUUGAGGAAAGACAUUCGAGAUGCACCAAAGCUUUAUGUUAUGACUGAUACAGGUAUACUGCCAUUUGUCUGGAUGCAGAAUCAACCAGUUAAAGGAGACGUAGAAAUACUAAGAGGCAUGUUUGUCACAAUUUAUCUCAUUGUGUCCCAAUCCACAGACUGUCACCUGAAAUACGUGUGUCAAAGACAAAACCAGCAUGGGAUACACUGAGACAGAAUAAAUUGUUUUUUGUGUGUUUUGUUAUUACAUUUAUUUUAUGCUAGUAAAGAAAAAUGAACUGUAUUUGUCUGGUCAAAUGAUCCAGCUGAAUCUAUGCAGUGUUAAACAAAAAAGCUUUCAUUAGUCUACUGAAAUGAAGUCUUCAUCUUUGUGAGUGUACAUGUUUUAAAAAAUAAAAACGACUGAGAACA